AUGGUGGAAGCCUUCCGUGGCUGCCCGUAUACACAGCCACAUGUGAGUCAACUGAACCAGGCUCCAGACGGCAGCCUCGCCGUUUCCCUAGGAACACACGCUUCAUUGCUAUCCAGUUCCAUGAUGCAGUAUCCUGCGGAGCGGCUGUUCCAGUGCGUCGUAGGGAACGAGCGGCAACCCGCCGCCAUGCCCCCGAGGCGAAGUUGCCACCAGCGUUGGUACCAGCGGGACGAAUACGUCCAUAGAGGGUCCCGGGUGGCAAAAGUGACCGUUGCCAGUCCCGUUUGUUUUGUCCAAUCGAGGCCGCCGAUGAAGCAGUACUCCCAGGACCGGAUAAAGUCUUGGGCGCGAUGUACCAUGACCAUACCCGCCGUCAGCAUGCUUGGGGAAAAGGUAACGCCGAUGGUGUCUGGUCCAUGA